AAAUUAAUGUAUUUACUAAUUUAAGUAAUUUAUAUUUUGUUAUUUUCGUUGUUUCAUUUUACUUGUGUUUCUCAUCGGCGGAUACAUUGACUGUCGGAGCGGAGUCUUCAUUUUUUUUCUACAUUGUACUUCUUUGUUUUUAAUUUGCAAAAAGUCCAAAUUUAUGUCUACUGAUUUUCCUACUGUGUGGCUGGUCAUCAUAACAAACGAUGUCUUCCAAAUCCAAGUAAGUUCACACAACUAAUUAGAAUACCGUUGAAUAUCGCCUUUACUCACUUUUAUUAUUUACACCAUUAAAAAUAAUAUUGCGCUGUCGUUGGUAGUAGUUUAAUCAGAUUUAACGAAGUAAUCAACUAAAAGUAUUUUUUUCUAAAUUGGAUACCUAAGUACCAGAUAAAAAAUUAAACAUCCUCAUGUAUCAGACGAUAACGAAUUUAAUUACACUUUGAGAAUUUGGAACACAUGUUUAAUUCCUACUUAGUCUGACACACAAUUUAUAUCCCAUCUUUGACUGAAGAUUUUUUGAUUUUUUUUUAAACUUAUUUUACCCAUUAUAAUACUUUAAAUCAGCGGUGGAUUUUACCAAAAAAAUUAUUUUUCUUGUUAAAUAAUUAUCAUCAGAUUCUUAUAGUUAGUGUUUGUAGUAAUUUUAUUUAUAGCUUAUUUUGUAUAAUAUUAGUUAAUUAUUGUUCAUAAUAUUGUAUAUUCUAAAUUUGGGUUGAAGUAUGGCUUUUGGGUCUGAGAAAAAAAAAAUUAAAUUAUAGACAAAUUUUAUAUUAAUUUUUUUGUUUAUAGACAAUCCUAGAAAACUUCAUCAGUCAAAUUUUUCAUUUUUCAGUAUGUUAGCACUCAAACAUUUUUUUUUUAUAUUUCGUUAUGCAAUUGUAUAUGUAUGUAGGUACUUAUUAUUAUUUGUGAAAACCUGAUUUUUGGUUUUUUAUCAAUUACCUAAAUAUGUAUGAGUGUAAAUGUGAAUAGUGAAUUAUCGUAUAUAACAUUGUAUAAGUAAUUCAAACUAUUUUAUGUUAUUUGGUUGACCAAUUUAAUGAUUUCUUUGUGAAAAUUACCUAAAAUAUGUAGGUAGGUACCUACUGUUAAAAAAUUUGAUAUGAAUUUCAAACCGAUAAAACAAAUAUGUUGUAAUAAAAACUUUUUUUAGAAAUAACCCUAUUAAAACAGCCCUACUUAGAGCCUCCAAAUAUAUAAAUUCCAUACAAAAUAAAACAAAAAAAUCUUUGAUGUCUGUGAAAUCAGUUAAAAAGUAAGAAAAUCUAAAAUCGAGAUAGAGGUUCAAUAAAGUAUCGUAAUUCGAUAAGAUAACCUCUAUCGAUAAAUUGAUAAAGGUUUUUCUAGGACUGUAUACAAAAAAUAUAUGAGACAUUUACUUAUCAAUAUUUAACAUUUUUUCUUAGACUCAAAAGCCAUACUUCAAUCAAAUAACCUAUUAGCAGACAUGCUAAGUUUUAUUUUUUCUAAAAAAGAGUUAAAUACCUGAUUAUAAUUUUUUUUUUUUAUAUAAACCUAUUGAAAAUAUUACCUAUACGAUUAUUUUCCUUGAUAUUGUAAAUAAAAGUGAUUCCAGAAUCCAGUCACAAACUUAAAAUUGGCUUUAAUAUGAUCCAAUGGUAUGAAAUUUAAAAAAAUUGGGAUUAUUUUGUUUGUGAUGUUAACAAGAAGAUUCUUGCAUCAGUUAAAAGUUAAUAAUUUUAAUUGAUUGAUAAUGAUUGUCAAAGAUUGGUGAACUGUUAAAAACUGGUACCAUUACCCUAUAUAUACUUAUAAUUACAGUAUUAUUAUAUAAUCCUGAUUUUAUUACAAUAUUUAGUAAUAAUUUAAUGCAAUAUUUCGUAAUAAAUUAUAAUUAAUUAAUCAGGUAAUUAUCAAGUUUAUGGUUAUCAAAUAAUAAUGCACCAGCAAAUCUGUUAGGUACUGCUUAAAGUUAACACAUGUAAAAUUAUGUUGUUUUAUGAAUACUUUUUUGUGUAUGUAAUAUGUUAAAUAAUUCUUUAUACAAUUAAUCAAUGGCUAUAUUUACAUCUUUUACUAGGUACAAUUAAGCCCAAUUUAUGUCUGCCAACAAACUUUUCAUGAAAGCGUAUUUUUUAUUUUUAAAGUUAGGUAUAAAGCCACAAUUUUGAAUGGCCAUUUAUUAUUGUUUUAUUGAUAUUAUUUUUUUUUAUAAACAAUGAUGCAUAAUAAUGACGAUUUAUAUUAAUUAAAUUAUUGUUAAAGAAAUACAGUAUAGUUGAGAUCCAAAUUAAUUGACAAUAUUAUUCAUUUGGAACAGUUUAAGUAAAGCAAAACUCCUGUGAAUUAUACUACCUGCAGUAUGGAAAUUAUUUUUCUCUUUGAAAAUUAAGGCAAAUUUACAAACCGAAAGACAGUUAAAUUCUAAUCACCUAUUAGUAUGAAAUUAAUAUUUAAAGUGUAUAAAUUAUAAAUUUAUUGAACUUGCUAUUUUAGCAAGAGCUAUAUAUUUAAUAAAACUCUGCAUGAGCCUAAAUUUUGAAGUCCAUAUCCACCCAAAAGUAAAUUUUAAACUUAGGCCCAGUUCAGUGAAAUAUAUAGCUCAGCCCAGCCUGGUCUAUUUAAGUUAAAUUUUUAGCCUGGUCAAAUUUAAUAAAAUAUUUGAAUGCGGCCUAUGUAUUGAUAACUGUAUAAAAUGUUCUAUGUAAACAAAUCAAUUUUUUUUUCUCUGUUACUAUGAUCAGAUAAUUGAAUUUGAUUAUAAGAUAUUUCAGAAGUAUUACUGUCAUGAUUUGAAUCAUUAUUGUCAUUAAUAAUCACAUUAAAUAUUUUAAAUUGUGGAUAAAAGAAAUAUUGAUAUACUUCUCAUAAUGUUUGGGCCACAGUUGUAGGUGAUAUGUUGAUGAGAAGGGUAGAAUUUAGAGAAGAACUUAAUGUAUAUCUGUAUGAAAGAUAAAUCAUUGCUGACUAAUAACUAUUCUGAGUAAAGUUCGGUUGUACAUUUUUUAAAACGCUGUAAUAUUUACGAUUUUCAUCAAAAUUAGGUAUUAAAAUUCCUAUAAAAAAAAAAUUCUCCAUUAAACUAAUUUUAGAUUCUGAGUGAAGAAUGUAUUGGUUUUACAAUGUUGUUUAUUUAUUUUUUCCAUGAACAUUUUCUACCAGAAACUUUGUCCCCAUUUUUAAGUUAAGCAUUUUUUCUGAAAGGAAAUCUGACUGGAGUAGUACUUCCUGAUUUUCCUAUGCGUUUUCAUAUUAAAUGGGAAAUAAUGUAAGAAACAUUUAUUAUAGCCAAAUUCUGCUCAUAAUUGUUUUUCGUUGGUAAUGAUUAAUCUUUGGGUACAGAUAUAUAUUAAAGUUCCCCUCUACCUUUCCAAAUUCUCACUCACAACAGUAGCUUGCCGAUUGUGUGAAGUAUAUCUUUUUUUUUUUAUCAGAAUGUACGACCUUUAUUGAACCUCUUGUUAAAUUGUUAAGCAUAUUUUUGUUAGACUUAACAAUUUUAUCCACAUUAAAACGACUAAAAUGUUUUAAAAAUUUUGCCACGUCUAGAAAAGGCAAAUAUAUAUUCUAUAUAUAUAUAUAUAUAUUCUUAAGGGGGAAAAAAAUCAUUGUAAAACACUCCACUUUGCUCUAAAAGUAGAAAAAAUGUAAAUUGACAUAUUUGAUAAUUAUAUAUAUUAGGAUGUUUCGGAAUAUUUUAUUUUUAUCAGAUGUUCUUUUCGUAAUAUUGAGUUCCUUGGAGCAGCUUAAUAUUGUUCCCCAAUAUUUCUUAGAUUUGUCAAGGUCACGAGCAUUGUUUCUAGAAAAAAAUUGAUUUUUUAUGUGCAAAUAAUAAUUUUUAAGAAGAGAUUAUUUUAUCAAAAGAAAAUAAUAAAUAUACUAAUAUUUUUUUCAAAUUAAAUAAUCUUAACUAACUUUACUUUUCGCUAUUUAGACCUUUAAAAGUAAAUUUUUGGAUAAUUUUGACAAAUCAGCCCUUUUAACCACCCUUAAAUAUAUUUUUUUAGGGGUUGAAAAUAUUUUUAACUUAUUCUCCAUUUAGUUACCAAGAGAAUCAUUAUAAUUGAAAAGUGAGUUACACUUGAUAUGACUUAUUUUUACAAUUAUUGAAAGAGUUUAUUAUGUAAAUAGUAGGUACAUAGCUAAGUAUACAUAUCUGAGUUAAUGAAAAAUGAAAAUAAAUAACUACUAACAAUUAUUAUGGAAUAAAUAUGAAGAAAAAAUGAAGGAGCAAUAAUAAAAAAUUCAAAAUUCUUCUUAUUUUUUAAAACAGAAAAAGACCAGAAAAAUUAAGAUGUUGCAUAUAGAAAAUAUGUUUCCUGUAAUAUGUAAGCAAAGAAAAUUAUGAAAAAUGGUCAAUUUUAAUGGUAAUCUGAUAACAUUAUUUUUAUCCACCUUUUCGUCACUAUUUCUUACUAGGCAAUAAGUUAUUUUCUUUUACUUUUACUCAUUAUUAAUAUUAAUUAUUGAAUUUAUGGAAAAAUAUAAAAAAGUUACACAGGCAAUCGACAUUGGCAUCAGAAUUUAUACUGAAAUAUUCAAAUAACCGAUUCCCGAUUAUUCACUUAAUAAUAACACAUACAUCAUACAAUGAAAUUGGUUAUCCAUUCUUGUAGUGAUAACAUAAUAAUCAUUAAAUUCCAACAACAAAGUAGCUUUCAAACAAUUUCCCAAUGUUAUUUUAAAAUGAUAUAAAUGUCAUAAAGCAAUUUCUUUUAGAUUUUGAGUGUAGCAAUGAAUGUAUUAGUUUUACCAAGAUGUUUAUUUUGUUUAUUUUCAUUUUAUUUUUUCAUAUGUUAACACUUUCUACCAGAAGGCUUACUCCAAUAUAUACAAUGUAGCCUCUUUUCUGAAAAAAAAUUUUCUUGGGGUUGUACUUUAGGGAAGUAAUUUUUCAAUUUUCUCAAUAAGUAUGAUAAAUCAGGGAAAACGGGAAAAUUUUUAACAAUAUUAUUAAAGAAAAUAAAUAAUGCCUGUGUAAUUAUUUUACCAUAAUAUGAUAUAUAUAUACUGUUGACAAACCAUCACUAUCAACUGAACUCUCAGAAUCACUUUUAAUAAGCAAUGGUUUAUCGUUGAUUACAGAUACAAAUUAAUUUUCCUCUAUAUCCUAUCUUCCCAACUUGUUUUUCAUAUUUAUCAAAAUUAUCGAAAAAUUUACAUUUAAAGGUCUAAAACGUGAGGUAAAAUUUAAAUUAUUUAAUUUAAAAAAAAAAAAUUAAUAUAUUUGAGUUAUAUUUUUUCUGAUAAUUUUUGAUCUAAUGAUCUCUUCUUAAAAAUUAUUAUUUGCACAUAAUAAUUAAAACAAAAAAUUAACUUUUUUCCUAAAAACGAUGCUUGCAACUUAAACAACUCUGAAAAAAAAUAGGGAACAUUAUUGACACUGAGCAGUUGUAUCUAAGUAUCGUCUAAGAAAAUAGAUAAGACCUCUUACAUUGUCUGUUAAAUUAGUCAUCAUUUUGAAAUUCCAGCUAUUUUUAUAAAUUAUAAUAUUGAUAAUAAAGCUAAUAAAAGUUCUACACAGAGGAGAUCGCCUAAUUCAACCCAUGCAGCAGUUCUGUGUUCAUCUCUAAGGAAAACAAUAGAAAAAGAACAUCUAAUUGAAAAACAAAUUCUAAAACACCCUAUAUCUUAAAGUUUGAUGGAUAAUUAACUAGUGUUAAAUAUUGAAUGAUGUGUAAUAAUUUUUUAAUUUCCUGUUAACAGAUCCUUCUUUUUGGACGGCUUUGACCCUGAAGAUCAUUCUAUCCAGCAAAAUUGUUUCCCUCUUUCCCUUUCCACCUCCAAGUUCCUCCAAUUCACAGUUUACAAAUCCUUGAUAAAGGAAUUUACUAUUUUCAAUGAAAUAAUAUAUUUUUGAAAUAUGUACACCAUUGUUAAUGCUAAUUUCUAAUAUCAAUAUUUAUUAUUUUUAAAAUAUUAUUGGUAUGUAUAUCCUAUUUUAUUUUUAUACAAAAAUAUGUAUAAAAAUGUAUUUUUUUUUAAAUUUUAGAGUGAAAGAAAUUGCUGUAGAAUCUGGUGGUUCUAAAGAACAAGAAGUAUAUCAUGUGGAGACGAUUUUAGAUAAACGGGUUAUAAACAAUAAAGUAGAAUACUUUUUAAAGUGGAAAGGGUAUGACGACAAAGAUAAUACUUGGGAGCCUGAGGAACAUCUUGAUUGUGAAUUUCUUAUUCAACAGUUUGAAGAAAAGGCUAAACAAAAGCAAAAAGGGAUACUUAAUGAACAACUUGAACAUGGACGUAAGCGUACAUUAUCAAACUCAACUAAUAUUAGUUGUAGUUCGAAACUGUCAGCAUCUGAUGCUGGUACAUCCAAAGAGACAACCAAAUUAUCACUACCUCAAUCAAAAAGAAUUAAGGAUGAUAAAGGUGAAAAAACAGUAGAAAAAACUAAAGUUAAGAAUGAUGAUUAUGAUGAUGACACAGACGAUGAUGACGAUGAUGACGACGAGGAUGAUGAUGACAGUGAUGACGAUUAUGAUAAUGAAGAAGAAAGUGAAGAAGAAACAGAAGAACUUGAAGAUAGAAGACUAGUCCAACUACCAAAUAAUGCAGUUUCCUCCAUUGAAGUUGACUCACAUUCUAGACACCGCCAGGCUGAAAGAAUUAUCGGCGCUUCAGAUUCAACUGGUGAAUUAAUGUUUAUACUAAAAUGGAAGGGGAGAAAUGAAGCGGAUCUCGUUACAGCAAGAGAAGCCAACCUAUUAUGUCCACAAGUAGUUAUACAAUUUUAUGAGGAAAGACUUAAAUGGAAUGGGGACCCUGAUGACUAAAAGGUAGUUUUAAAUUUACCUAUUAUAAUUUUGAAUGAGGAUUGUCUAUUAUUUAUUAGCUCCUAUACAAAAUUAAUAAUCUUUGCAAAUCACUUAUAACUAUUUAGCUUUAUUAUAAUGUUUUCUUUAAAUUUAAAAUGGCAAUAUUAAUUUAAUAGUUCAACAAUUUUAUUAAAGAAAUGAAAAAAUUAACAUUAAUAAAUUAAAAAUUAUAUUUUAUUUUAAGUUUCUUCAAUAAUAAUGUGGUAUUCAUUAAAAUGAUUAAUUUUUUGA